AUGCUCCUCCCCAACAUCACAGACUCUGGAGGAGUUCCUCUCUCGGUGAACUUCGACAGUCCCGAGGAUUAUCUCGUCUUCAUCUUCCAGAUCGUGUUUGCCACGACCGCCGUCCUGGUGGCCGGACCCGUAGUCGUCACCAUCUUGGCCACCCGAUCCCUCCGCCUCCAGAACCGGUUCAUUUUCAUGCUGAACACCAGCGUUUGCGACACUCUGGUCGGGCUCUCGGUGUAUUAUAUCGGCCUGUUCGACGUUCAGGAGGGGUACCCGCCCAGAAACGGAACCCUCAACCUGUUACCUUCUCUCCUCGGGGUGAAGGUCAUCACAUUUCUGUUCGCGCAGUUCGACCGGUACUUCGCGGUCUGUCAUCCCUUCUUCUACACGCACUAUAUAACCCAGCGGGUGGUUAUCUCUGCAAACGUCUUUUGUUGGCUUUUUGUCUAUAGUCAGACGAUCAUUUUAAAUUUCGUACCACUUUCCAAAGCACUGCAGGUGAGCGUGUUCGGCACUGUCAGCUUACAAGUCAUGGUGCUCACCAAAGUGGUCAUGACCGUCAAACUGUACGUGGUCGCCAGAUUCCAGCUCGCCAGAGACCCUCCCAGCGCCGAGAGGGAGAGCAAGAAGGAGUCGCUGAAAAUUAUUAUUUUUGUUGUCAUAAGCUUCUUGGUAUUGUGGGGCCCCGCUUUCUUAAAUAUCAUCAUCAGAUUCUUGACGGGGAGAGGGCUUACGUUCAGGAACCAGGCCACCAACCCGUUUGGCAUCAUGGCUCGCUUCAACGCGGUGUGCACGCCGUCCGUGUACAUCUGGGGGAGUCCGGCUCUGAGGGAAGCCCUGGUGAAGACCGUGUGGGGCAGAGUGUGCCCGAGCUGCAGGAGGAGGUAA